CGAAAGAAGAAGGGGAAGGAGAGGCUGGAUCGGUACUAUCACCUGGCUAAGGAGCAGGGGUUUAGAGCUAGGAGUGCCUUCAAGCUGAUUCAGCUAGCUCAGAAGUAUGACCUCUUCACGAACUGCAGAGUUGCUGUAGAUCUUUGCGCUGCUCCAGGGGGUUGGUUGCAGGUCUGCGCACGGCACAUGCCGCUCUCGAGCCUAGUUGUUGGCGUCGACUUGGCCCCCAUCCAACCCAUCAAAGGUUGCACUACGUUCCAGUCCGAUAUCACGACGCAGGAUUGUCGCAACAGGCUCAGGAAGCUUUUGCAGGGUCAUGAGGCGGACUUGUUUCUUCACGAUGGAUCCCCGAACAUGGGAAUGGAUUGGAGUAUUGACGCCUUCAACCAGAAUGUUUUGGUGUUGCAUGCGGCACACUUGGCGUGCGACUUUCUGAGGCGAGGGGGCCUUUUCGUGUCGAAGGUUUUCCGCUCCUCGGAUUACGCGUCUCUGCUGUAUGUACUGCAGCAGCUCUUCACGAGAGUAGAAGCCACGAAGCCUCAGGCGUCCAGGAACGUGUCUGCAGAGAUCUUCGUGGUGUGCAAAGGCUUCAAAAAGCCAGACGUGAUCGACUCCAGACUCUUCGACCCCAAGUUCGCGUUUCUAGCAGUAGACGAAGAGCCGGAGGAAGGCGCUGCCUCGGGGCAUGCAGACGCUUCUUCCCGAGGCGCAGAGGGCAAAGAGGCCUUCGAGGCAGGAGGGGCUGUUGUGCCAGCGAAGGCGAAAGUCAAGCUGUCAGAGGCUUUGAAAAUCGCGCAAAAGAGGAACCGCGGGGGGUACUCCAAGGAUGACGGAGGGUACAAGGUGCUGGCGGUUAGGGAGUUUCUCGAGACAAGUUCUCCUGUAGAGACUCUUCUUGGCGCCUCGGAGCUGAGGGCUGUUCUGCCCGGAGAGGCAAGGCUUUGCGAUCUCACACAGCGCGUGCUGUCUCACCCGCUAACAACGCCUGAGGUGAAAGACUUGUGGGGAGACCUCAAGGUGCUAGGAAAGCGCGACAUUUUGACGUUGCUGAAAUGGCGCUUCAAAAUCCGCAGAGACUUCGCCUUGCAGGAGAAACGCCAGCAGACAAAGGGUGGAGGGACUGCGGAUGCACAAGCGCACGACGGGGCAGGCGAAGACGAAGAUGUGGCACACGACCUCGAUGAGAAGCUCGCCACUCUGCAUUCGGAGGCAUCUCGUCUUGCGCAGAGGCAGCAGCGGAAGGCUGCGAAGCGCCAGCGCUUAUUGCAGACGAAGCAGCAGUUCUCUCGCAAUGCGUUUGCGGCAUCUGAGAGAGAUCCUGAUCUCUUUAGGAUGGACAAACAGACAGUGGAUGCUUUGGCUAAGGAACCAGCAUACGUGGACGCUCAGCUGCUGCUGACAGGCGACGCGACUGGGGAGGGUACCCUUCCCUUUGUGGAAAGCCUUGGCGUCCGCAAAGGGGGCGGAAAAGAACUGUCAGACGCGCUUGCAGAUGCCACAGACAGCGAUUCAGAUUUAGACGCUCUUGACAGAAUGGAAGUUGACUUGGAGGUUGGUAUGCGGCUCCGUGCGCUGGCAGCCGCUGAGAAGGGCGGGGGGAAGGCUGCGAAGAAAGAGACGCGAAGGGCACGCGUGCUCGCGGAGAAGGCCGAGGAAAUGCGAGCCGCUGUUGCAGAUCUGCAGAGCAGAUCUCUGGAGCAUUUGGCUAGAGAAAGACAAGCAGACGAAAUGUCUGACACAGAUGAAGAGGAGGAAGAUAGAAAAGCAGCGAGCCACGGCGGGGGGUCCGCUGAGAAGGGGACUCAACAGGAAGAAUUGCACGAAUACAUUGGUGAGCUGGCUUUUUGCAACGCAACUGCAUGCCCUACCCCAGAACCUUGGAAAGCUUCCGUGUGCCUUUAUUUUCCUACGCUACAUACGUCCUGUAGAGGAAUGGAAUGCAGAUCUGGAGUGGUGAGGGUGUAUAGGGGAAAGAGACUGGGCUACGUAACUGCAGCUGCGGCUACCCAGUCACUCUUUGACGAGGAGCUACCCGUCGCUGUUGUUGGCGCCAAAGCGGCAGGUUCGAAGCCAAGCAGCAGCGGCCGUUUACCGUUAGCAGCAGCAGCUAAGCAGGGUGCAGCGGCGGGUAGGGAGGAAAAGGCCGCCGAGCGAUGGUUUAGCCAGUCUCUCUUCUCGGUUGCAACUGCGAACGAGCUCGCGGAUAGCCUUUUGACUGAGGAGUUCGAUCCUGUAGUGCCGCAGCCGCGACACCAGGAAGGGAAACAGCAGCAGGAUGAAGAGCGCGACGUCGAGAUCAAAGAGCUUAGCGAAGCAGACAUUCCCCAGAUACCCCUUUCCGACAAGCAAAAGCGGCAGCAGCAAAGGCGCAAGGAGGAGGAGAAGAAAGCAGGGGCGUUUUCUUUGCAUGGCCAGAGAGCCCUUAUUCCUUGCAGCGAUAGCACCCUUGUACGGCGCAUCUCUGUUGAGCCUGUCUGCUCUCUGGAUCGUCGGCAGGGUGCCUCAGCCUUGCGUGACGCGCCGCAGCCGUGCGUUGCGUUCAGUACGUGUUUUGACUCCACGCCUUCGGAGUGUCUUGCGCUGAGUGUCUCCAGAAUAGAAGAGGUUCCAGCUGCGACGUUUGAGCCUCCUCGAGGCGCAGAGGAGGCUGCAGAGUUUGAGGCCAUGGGAGCCAUGUUGAUUCGCCGCUCGUCUCGCAUGGACCUUAUUGAUGGCGCAUACAACAGAUAUGCGUUCAAUGAUGAUGAGCUCCCGGACUGGUUUGUGCUGGACGAAGAGAAACACAACAAGCCCGAGUUGCCAGUUACCAAGGAACUGAUGCAGGAAUACAAACAAAAAAUAAAGGAAAUUAACGCACGGCCCAUCCGAAAGGUGCGAGAAGCGGCGGCGCGAAAGAAGAAGAGGGCGCAACGUAUCUUGGAAAAAAUGAAGCGCCAGGCUCAGGGCAUUGCUAAUAGUGCAGAACUUUCCGAGGCAGGCAAGGCGAAAGCAAUAGCGCGCCUAUCGAAGAAGGCCAGGCAAGCGACGGCGCGGAAGGAGAAGGCGCUUGUGGUGUCGAGACGGGUAGGAGGGGGGAAAGCCACCCAGAAGGCGCAGGGAGGCAAGGGGGGCGCGCGUGCCGUAAAACUGGUAGACCGACGUCUCAAGAAGGACAAGAGAGCUAUGCUGAAGGCUCAGGCAAAGGGCAAGGGCAAAUUUGCAAAUAAGGGUGGAAAAAGAGGCCAACAAAAGAGGAAAGGGAAGAAGCGGUUUUGA